AAAAAAAAUCAAUAUAUGACCAUAUUGCCAAAACCAUAUAAUAUGAGACAAUUCAAAACAAAAUCAAAACUAAUAUAUGCCAUUUUACUCCUCAUUUCUCUGUUUAUAAUUCAUUAUUAUCGCAAUCAACGUCAAAAAUUCAACAACAAAAUGUCAAAAUAUGAUCAAAUUAUUGAUCCUUAUCAACAACUUCAUAUAAUCCCAAAUCCAGAUGGUUCAAUCACACGUCUCCAGGAAUUUUUUCCGGCCAUUUCACCCUCCAUUGACACAUCUCCUGCACUCUCCAAAGAUGUUCCUUUGAACCCAAGUAAUAAAACUUGGGUUCGAAUCUUCCUUCCUCGAACCGCUAUCGACAGCUCGAACCCGAUCGCUAAUAAGUUACCUAUUGUGGUGUUUGUUCAUGGUGGGGGGUUCAUCCUCUACAGUGCAGCCUCCCCUGUUUUUCACAAUUUUUGCUCCGAGUUAGCGAGUCAACUCGGUGUUCUGGUCGUCGCGGUCGAGUAUCGACUCGCUCCUGAGUCGCGUCUCCCAGCAGGAUACGACGACGUUUUGGAAGCUUUACUCUGGGUGAAAGAUGGUAAAGAUGAAUGGGUAAAAAAGUAUGGUAAUUUUUCAAGGUGUGUUAUGAUGGGGCAGAGUGCAGGGGCUAACAUUGUGUACUAUGCUGCUUUGAAGGCUUUAGAUCAGGUCAACGAUUUGAGGCCGUUGACUAUAACAGAUUUGGUCUUGAUCCAACCGUUCUUUGGCGGGCUCAAUAGAACUGGGUCCGAGCUUCGAUUAGUUAAUGACCCGUAUUUGCCCCUCGUGGGCAAUGAUUUAGUGUGGAGCCUUGCUUUGCCCGUUGGGGCUGACCGUGGGCAUGAGUUUUGUAAUCCGAUAACCCAUGGAGGAUCCGAGAAAUUAGGUCAAGUUAGAGAUCUGGGUUGGCGGGUCAUGGUAGUGGGUUGUGAUGGUGACCCGCUUCUUGAUCGACAAGUAGGGUUAGUGAAAAUGUUGGAGGAAAAGGGAGUAAUUGUGAAAUCCAUGUUUAGUGAAGGUGGUCAUCAUGGUGUUUUUGCAUCUGAUUCUAGCAAGCGUAAGAUGUUAUUUGGUGUGUUGGAGGAAUCUCUAGGAAAUAUGUAAUGUUCUUCAUUCUAGCACCCAAAAAGAAAAUAAAUCAAUUUCAUAAUGAUGGAUUUUAAUUAAUUUUUUCA